GUUUGUCGAGUCGCGUUGUGGUUUGUGGAAGAAAUGGCGGACGACAAAAAUGUGGAAAAGACCAUCGCCGAAGACUUGGUCGUCACCAAGUAUAAAAUGGCAGGAGAGAUCGUUAACAGAAUCCUGAAGCAGGUCCUUGAGAAGUGUGCGGUCGGGAGUUCCGUUCGGGAGAUCUGCGAGUUCGGGGAUCAGUUGAUCACGGACGAGACCAGCAAGGUUUUCAAGAAGGAGAAGGAGCUGAAGAAGGGAAUCGCGUUCCCGACGUGCGUGUCGGUCAACAAUUGCAUCUGCCAUUUUUCGCCGAUUGCCAGCGAGCCUGACUAUAUCUUGAAGGAGGGGGAUGUGGUUAAAGUUGACCUGGGGGCCCACAUUGACGGCUUCAUCGCCGUCGUGGCCCACACUAUCAUCCUCGGCGUUUCCGGCGAGAAUAAAGCCACCGCUCGAAAAGCCGACGUGAUGUUGGCGGCUCAUUACGCUUCCGAGGCAGCCUUGAGACUCCUGAAACCCGGGAACGAAACGUACACAAUCACCGACGCUGUGCAGCGCGUAGUCGAAUCUUUCAACUGUAAACCAGUAGAGGGGAUGCUAAGUCACCAGCUUAAGCAGUUCAAAAUCGACGGUGAGAAAACCAUCAUCCAGAAUCCGAAUGAAGCGCAAAAAAAGGAACACGAGAAGUUCGAGCUGGAUAAGCACGAGGUGUACGCCAUGGACGUGCUCAUCAGUACAGGCGAAGGCGUCGGUAAGGAGGGCGACAGCAGAGUCUCCAUCUACAAGAAAACUGAAGAGACUUACCAGCUGAAGUUGAAGGCGUCGAGGAUGUUCUACACCGAAGUGCGCUCGAAACACGGGAGCAUGCCUUUCAAUCUGCGGGGGUUCCAAGACGAAACUAAGGCGAAGAUGGGGGUGGUGGAGUGCGUUAAGAAUAAGCUAAUCGAACCGUUCCAAGUGCUUUAUGAAAAAUCGGGUGAAUUCGUUGCUCACUUCAAAUUCACGGUCUUGUUAAUGCCGAACGGACCGCACAAAAUCACGGGUCUGCCUUUCGAUCCCGAAUUGUACAAGUCGGAGCAUUCUAUAAGUGAUCCUCAACUUCAAACGAUACUCAGAAGUUCCGCUAACCCUAAAGCUGCCAAAAAGAAAAAAAAGAAGACGGAAGGUGAAGUGGACCAACCGAUGGAAGUCGAAGCCGUAGCUUAAUAUCAAGGUUUUAUACUUGCUUUUCUCACUGACACUUCGUAUUAUUUUAUAAUAUAACGUUUAAGUUUAUAAUCAUUUUUUAUUUGAUUCGUUUUUGGUACCUAAUUUCAUAGUUUUUUACAUGCGAUUGUCGAUGCUGUCUCAUGGAAAACUGUCCUCUGUAAGUAAAAAUGAAGGAAAAUCACAUAGCAAGUGUUAAUUGUUAACAAUAAUUAUAUUAGAUUUUAUAUUGCUAUGGUAGCAAUAUGAUGAAUAAUAAAAGUGUUUGGUAUUUUCA